AGGCUUUAGCUAAAUUCCCGGAAGUUCUGGUUUGUCACUUAAUCGUUUGUUUUCUUGACUUAUUGAAAAAUCACGUUCUUUGCUAUCAACAUGUAAUAGUCAGGAUAUGGAAUUUUUGGUCAGUGUCCUGUCUGAACGAAUACAUUUUUUAUAUAAGAGAAGACAGUGUGCCACUGGUACUGAGGAUCUGUCGUCGACAUAAACACUUACUGGACAGAUUCUUGCAAAAAAGGGAUUCUGAAAACGGGAUAAAGAACGCUGUUAUCUUCAGAUCCAGAGCGAGGUCAUGGCUGAAGGCAAUGGAUGUAUGGAGGGAACCCCGACCCCAGGAGUACCACAGCCCAGUAAUGGGGGGUUCCCUGGCCCCCCUCCCCCCAAUUACUCGUGCACGCUGAGUCCAUCCCUGGAGGCUAAAGCCCGUGAAGAGCUGCAGGAGAAGCCAGAAUGGCGUUUGCGCGAUGUACAAGCUCUUCGGGACAUGGUGCUGAAGGAGCACCCACACCUGCGCACGCGGCUGGAUGAUGCAUUCCUGCUUCGCUUCUUGCGAGCCAGGAAGUUUGACUACGACCGUGCUCUGCAGUUGCUGCUAAACUAUCAUGCCAGCCGUCGUGCCUGGCCAGAGGUUUUUCAUGACCUUCGACCCUCAACGGUUAGGCACGUGCUGGAGCGAGGUGUCCUCACGGUGCUGCCACAGCCAGACAACCAUGGCCGCUAUAUACUUUGCCUCAGGCCAGGGAAGUGGAGGCAAAAUGAUUACCCAUUUGUGGACAACAUCCGGGCGAUCUACCUGACCCUGGAGAAGCUGAUUGAAGCAGAGCAGACGCAGGUGAAUGGCCUGGUGAUCCUGGUGGAUUACAGUGGCGUGGGGCUGUCUCAGGCGUCAAACCCUGGACCCUUCCUGGCUAAGAAGGUGGUGGGGAUCCUGCAGGAUGGUUUUCCUAUCAGAAUAAAAGCUGUGAAUAUCAUCAAUGAGCCGCGCAUCUUUAAGGGGAUUUUUGCCAUCAUCAAGCCUUUCCUGAAGGAGAAGAUGGCUGAGAGGUAUGUUCUCCACGGUUCUGACAUGUCUUCUCUGCACCGGAGCAUCCCCCGUACGGUGCUGCCUGAACAGUACGGUGGCGUGGCUGGCCAGCUGGACACGGCGACCUGGACCCAGACGCUGCUGGAUGCUGAGGAGAACUUUGUGGUGGAGUUCUGCCAGCCGGAGCCCCUGGAGGGAGGGGUCCUGCCAGACUCCAUGCUCUUUGACGGGGAGCACGGCGGGGCUCAGGGAGAGGAUACCUUCAGGAGCUUGCGCUCUCAGCUCUACUACUGCUACUGAACGCUGCUAUGGACCACAUCGCUCAUUAUUUC